CAGUCGACGCAAGGUGCACGCAACGGGGAGGACCGGUCGGCGUGCGCUGGGCAACGCGUUGUGACGCCCGACUCCGCGAGAAGGUCGCCGACACGACUCCAUCCACCACGGCUGUGACUCCCAAGCAACGCGGCAGCAGCGCUGGCGCUUCGGCAACCAUGCCGAGGCCCGGCCGGUCGACGUACGGAGACCAGAAGCCGCCCUACUCGUACAUCUCGCUCACCUUCAUGGCCAUCCAGAGCUCUCAGGAGAAGAUGCUCACGCUUAGUGACAUCUACAAGUUCAUCAUGGACCGCUUCCCCUACUACCGCAAGAACACGCAGCGGUGGCAGAACUCGCUCAGGCACAACCUCUCAUUCAACGACUGCUUCAUCAAGAUCCCGCGCAGGCCCGACCGGCCGGGCAAGGGCAGUUACUGGGCGCUGCACCCGGCCUGCGGCGACAUGUUCGAGAAUGGUUCGUUCCUGCGGCGACGCAAGCGCUUCAAGCUGCCACGCCAGAUCAAGGACGCCACGGCCGUGGCGCUAGCCGAGCUGAAGCACUACGAGACCGUGUCGCAGAACGCCAUCCAGGAACAGGCCAAGAUGCGCCUCACCGCCCUGGCUGCGGCACCGAGUCACCUGCAGGGACACCACGCCGACGCCCUGAGGCACGGGACCGUGCUGCCCAACUACGCCAAGCAGUCGUUCUCCAUCGAGAACAUCAUCGCACCAGACGGCAAGAACUUCAGCGGCGUGCUGCCUCCGAGUCCCCCGUACACGACGUCGCCGCACGCGCCGCCCCACUUGAGGUCCCUCCCACCGUUCCCAUGCUCUCUGCCUUACGCGACCCAGGCGUCCUGGCACUCGACGUAUUCCAGCCUCGUGGCAGCCGCGGCCGCUGGCCGGCAAGACCUCAACGGCUUUCUGUGCGGGGCGAAGGUGCCGCCCGGUCACUACCCCCUCGCCGGCGUCGUGCCCGUGCCGCCAGGCACCGGGAUGCCGUUUUCGCUACCGUCGCUGCCCCUCAAGCCGCCGGCUCUUCUGCCGGCGUUCCAGUUCCCAGGCCUCACAGCCGAGCAGUCCCUCUUGACAGCACAGAUGACAUCCCAAAUGACGUCGGCAGCAGUGACAACCACGAGGGUGCCGCCGCCUCCCAGACCGGACUCGGCGUCUAGUGAUAUAUCUUGCAGGUCGCUAGAUGUGGUGUCGGACGAAGUGGCGAACGACCCCUGUUAGUGACGUUUCACCCCUUCCUACGAACUCUGGUUCGAGCGCCACACUCCGCCGGCGUGGCCCACGAACAUUAUUUAUAAGGCGUGAGACGACUACCGUUGUGACUUGUGCAGCACCGGGUGGUGUGGAUGUGUGGAUGUGUGUGUCUGUGCUAGGUGUGCGUGUAAAUAUUUUUCCCUGGUGUCUCCACGUGAGCACUGGGUGCCUUGUAUAAAUGUACAGAUGACUGAAUGAAGCGAACGUUGGACGAAUCGAGAAGCAAUGAAGAAUGCAGCGGCGAGCGGAGAGAUAGCGCGAGCCUGCAACUCUUCAAUAUAGUUCCUUAUUUCUGAUAAUUCUCAAGAAGCCAAAGCGUUCGAAGCGGGCUUUAGUUUGAAGAAAUGAGAAAGAGCAUUGUCAAGGUGGAAAAUCACGGCGAAGACCUCACAAUGGCACGUCUUGGAAACAACAUGACUCACCUCACAUGGCAGCAGCCUUCUCAGCACUCCAAACAGAUGGAUCUUCAGCGUGUGUUGCAUGUUCUCAACGGGCACCGCCUUUACUAGAAAGCAUCCUCCCAUCGACAUGAUUCUCGCAGGCAUCUUCUGCAAAACCACGCGGAGCUCUGUUCAGCAUAAACCAGCCGACAGGUCACCUACAAUAUACAACUGUACGCUUCUGGAAGACGCAACGAAGAACGGUAGGCAAACGAUUUUCAACAAAGACGGUCUCUUUUCUCUCGAAACUCAAACAGCUCCUUUCUUUCACCCGCCGAAAACGAUCGAGGCCCUCGCGAGAACGAAAGCACCGUAGACACAAUGCACUCUUUCAUUCUCGACUUUCGUUUACGGACACCCGACGCCCCAAGGCAAGCACGCAUGGCAGCAAGCAGUUCUUCAAGAUGGCCACUGUUCGACAAAUACAUUGCUCUCUCUCUCUCUCGCUUCGGGAACUCAUCGGCCCUCUCAGACAGCGUGGUGCCUUCCUGCUUCAAAAAAGUCAACCGUCAGACACGCGGGCAAAAAGGAAAGGCGAAGAAGAGGGACUUCUCUCGCGAGAUGAUCCUCCCAGCUGCACGUGCAUGUCCCCGAACGAACGGUGUGCCAACGCCACAGGAGACACAGUGCCUCGGUUUUUCCAUCGAAGUGCCGCCGCCAACCCUGCCCGGGCACAACACACGUAUUCGCUCACCGCGGACGCUCCCUCCCACCGAGCAGCGUCGUCUACUUUCUGCAGGUGCGUGCCCAUCGUUUUCCUUCUUCUGAAAGAUAAAAGAAAGCCACGGUGCCCUAAAAGUCAAGAGAAGAACAAGCCCCGAAACGGGCACUGCGUGUGUGUCAUCCAGCCGCGACAAUAGAAGAGAAAGGCGCGAAGAUACAAGGACGCUAGAGAGAGAGAGAGGGAGAGGCCAUGCACUCAGCGGGCGCCGCUCGACACCCCCGCCGUUCCGUUAUUGUCCUCCUCCGUUUGUUCCUGGGAGGAAUGUGGACUUUCUCGCCGUUUUAAAAGAAGGUGCAUGCACCUAUGCGCAUGGUAGACCUCUCUACACGCGCUGUCUGUCCUGGUCACCAGCCGCUAUGGUGACACCGCCACCACCCCCUCCAGAAUCUGAAGAAUCGCGAACUACCCGCUGAGAGAUGCUGUGCUGCAUGCAGUGUGCGCGCACCGCAGAAAGAACACAGGGGACACAUUUCUUUCGUUUCCGUUCCCGCACAGCACUGUGAGAGGAGAACCAAGAGAAAAAAAAAAAGAGUAUGCUGUAUAGAAUAGCGAUGCCUUCCCCAGUUCUAGCAUAUUGGAAAGUGCAUGCGCAUGUACACGUUGUGCCCCUCUAAAUUUAAGCGCUGCUUUCUUUCCUUCGUGCAUUCUGUCAAGUCUCGCUCACCUUGUAAGGUUGAAAGGAGCUUGCUGUUAAAAACUGCCCGUGCUAUCAUUGUCGCGAGCGUUUUAUCUAAAUGGUCUAAGGAAAGCUAUGAACACGUCACAUAGUGCAGUUGUUUCUUGUCGAGAACCGACUCCCGGUGGUUCAAAUGUCGGCGUAGGGUCGCCUUGAUCUCAUACUACGUGCUCCACAUCAUUUUGCAGCAUUUUCUUCCUGAUAAAACUUGUAACCUUCGAACUUUGCAACUUGAUUUCUUUAAAAUGAGGAAUGUGUCACUAUAGUAAACAAUCAAAAAAGGGAACCACCGUGAAGCCGCAGCUGGGAAAUUACUCUGUUCCAUAAAUUUGCAUCUCCAUGCCAUAUUUCUUUUACCAUUGGUUUCAGCGUAAUCUUGAACUCAAGUGAUUUGUACCUGCAGAAGAACUCAUGUCAUGCACUCAAGGAGGUUCACAUUGUUGUCGUACAGACACGCAGUAAACUUUCUAACAUGU